CAUCAACUGUCAACGUCAAAUAAUGAAAAGUCAAAAUCCCGGUAACAAUGUUAAAAAUUGUCUGUAUGAAAAAUGUUAAGGCCUGAUAAUGGAAACGAUCGCCGCGGCUGGGCUGGGGGUGGCGCUCAUCCUCAUUCUGUUGGUACUUAGGUGGAAGGUCAGGACUAUGAAGCAGGCGCCCCAGCCUGAACUUGUUGCCGACGCGGACGUGCUAUCGGGAUGUCGUUCAUCACAACUAGUCCAUCGUCUGUGUCCGCACAACAACGUCGUCCAGAGCUUCGAUGUAGAAGCUAAGGACAGCUUGGACGACCACCUCGAUAUACUUGCAAGGAAGCUCGCUGAGAAGGAAAGUCGUCUCCGUCUCUCAAAAUCCAAGAUCAGAGAGACACAAAACGAGAUUCAAAACCUUCACGCGAUAGACCAGAACGUCCGUCUCCGCUACCGGGAAAUCAUGGACUCGCUCCGCAACGACCUGACGAGCAACGAAAAAGAAUGCCGUAGGCUGCAAGGGCAGAUCGAGUGGGUGUCGCGAAGAAGAGCUGAGCUGAAAGAAGAGGCGAGUUUGGCAGCUAUAGGGUUUGAGAAUUUACACCGUAUUCCAGAGUACGGUGCGUUGACGUUGAGUGAUCAGGAGAGCAGGAAAAUGCGGGAGGUGAAUCGAUCGCCGCAGAGACAUGUUGAGCUGUUUGGAGAUAGGACGGUGCGCCGCGGGCACCGUCUCUACGGUGAAGCGGCUGCGGAACUCGCCAGCAAUUUAGCCGAGCUACAAAAAAUGGGGGCACCUGAAAGGGUUACCGAGAAGUCCAUCCCCCCCUCCUACCUCUACCAGAGACACCGGAAGGAGCCCCAUCUACCGAACGCACCUAUGGCCCCUCUGGUCAUCAAAAGUUCUCCGUCUGAUAUGGUUCAGAUAGAAUCAUCACAACUGGGAUAUCACACGCCGAUGUAAUGCCGUGAAUUUUGCGGUUUU